CAACAUGUCUGGAAGAGGAAAGGGCGGGAAAGGCCUAGGCAAAGGCGGUGCCAAGCGUCACCGUAAGGUCCUGAGAGAUAACAUCCAGGGCAUCACCAAGCCUGCCAUCCGGCGCCUGGCUCGCCGCGGUGGGGUCAAGCGGAUUUCGGGUCUCAUUUACGAGGAGACUCGGGGCGUGCUGAAGGUGUUCCUGGAGAACGUCAUCCGGGACGCGGUCACCUACACGGAGCACGCUAAGCGCAAGACAGUCACUGCCAUGGACGUGGUCUAUGCGCUCAAGCGCCAGGGCCGCACCCUGUACGGCUUCGGAGGCUAAGCCACCGCCUCUGCUUCGUC